AUGGGUCGCCGUUCAAUCAACACCACCAAGAGUGGUAAGUACAUGAACCCGACCGACCAGGCCCGCAAGGAAGCGCGCAAAAAGGAGCUGAAGAAAAACAAAAAGCAGCGCCAAAUGGUCCGUGCUGCCGUGCUGAAAGGGAAAGAUCCGGCACAGUUAAUUGAGGAGAUGGAAAAGAUCGACGAGAUGGAGUUUAAUGUGUAUCAACCGUCGCCGCUGAACGAGAAAGUGUUGAAGGAAAAGCGCAAAAAGCUGAAGGAAACGCUGGACCGUGUUAUGCGGCUGUACCAGGCGGAUGAUCCGGAUCUGUGGGCGGAGUUGAAACGGAAGGAAGUGGAUUAUGAAAAGCGUCGGAACAAGCGCAUCCAGUACUAUGAAAGUGUGCGCCAUGCGGAGCAGGUACAGGUGGACGAUAUUCCGCUUCCGUCGGCAACGGAAACACCUACCCCGCUGUCCAUUCCGCGCAUACCGAUGCCACCGAAUGUUGCACCGCCUAGUAUUAUGCCACCGUUAAGGAGUGCACCGCCGCCGGCACCGUUGCUAAAGAAACCGGUUGAAAAUCCGGUCGAACCAACCGAACCGGUUGAUGAUGAUGAUGGCAUUCCGGGCUGUCCACCUGGGCCCCCGCCCGACAUAUUCGAUAUGCCCGAGCUGGACUACGAUCUGGAGAACUUCCACGCAGAAGCACAGAAGAGCGUCAAGUUCUACGACGAUGGAGAUUCGAAGGAUAACACGGAGGAAUCGGAUGGCGGUGAAAAGCAGGUGAAGCAACCGAACACCGUACAGCAGAAGAUGCUUGCUCUGUCCGGACAAAACAUCGACGACUUUAUGAAGGAGAUGGAAAGCGUGCAGAAGAAAAAGGAACAAUCACACACCGACACUCCUUCGCUAUCCUCUAUACCGACACCAUCGGUUCCACCACUACCGAACCCGGCACCAGCUCCUGAUGCAGCAAUGCCCAAGUUUAUGCCAAUGCCAUCCUCCAUCCCAAUGCCCGGUCCACCCGGAUCGAUGCAACCGCUCAUGAUACGUCCCCCUCCGUUAAGGCCACCCGGUCUUUCCGGUAUGCCCGGUGGACUGCGCUUACCCGGCCGACCCGGUAUCCCCGGUGGACCACCACCCGGUAUGCCACCGCGCAUGGGCAUACGGAUGCCACCGGGACCACCGGCAGGACCGCCACCAAAACACAUACAACAGCAGCGCAACAUGCAACUACACCAGCAGGCCCAACAGCAGCAAUUGCUCCAGCAGAAAGAUCCCAAAAGUGCUACCAUUUCGGCAAAACCACAAAUUCGAAACCUCAGUGCGGACGUUACACGGUUCGUGCCUAGUGCGUUGCGUGCGAAAAAGGACGAAGUACGCAAGGCAAAGCCACCGGUCCGGCCAGUACACGAGCAGCACGAUGCACGUACGGUUGCGGCUAACGAUCCUUCAAAACCAACGAAAGACGAUGCUUAUCUACAGUUUAUGCGUGAGAUGGAAGAUUUGCUGUAA